AUGAAACGGAGGCACACGGAGUUCCAGCAGGAUAUCGCCGUUGCAGGCGCUCAAACUGCUUCUGCGAUAGCUCAAGCCACUCCUGCUGGAAACGUCGCCAAAGCCCCGACAACUACUGAAUACAACACGCUUCCUGCUUCUAAUGCCAUUAGCGCUCAAAAAGACUCGCUCUGGGGCCUGAUUCUUGGGGUUUUCCCUGAUAUUUGCCCGGAUUAUGUUCAAAAGGUCUAUCGAGAACAGCGGAAACGUCUCAAAAACUUGCCUGAUGAGAGCGCGCUGGUCAAUGCUAUCCUUGAAUCUGGCCCAUAUCCCACCCUACAAGAGCGUAAACGCAAACAACUUGAACAGGCGAGAAAAGAGGAAUUCAAGUUUGCCGAACCGCUUUACAAGUUGACUUUCAAGAUAUCCCUUCAGAGUUUGUCAAAUCGACGCUUCAACAAUGCGGAACCCUUUAUUCGGCUUACUUGCAACUUGCGAAGAUUGAUUAUCAAUAUGACAAUCUCAACCCUCCCCCCAUAUCAAAGACAGGCCGCGAACCCUAAAAAAUUGAAGUUGUCGCAUUCUUGCACAAAUCCAAUAAUCAGUGCGCGCCGUCUUGCUUUAAAUAAUGAGUUUCAAGCUGCAAGAAGCACAGUCAACCGCGAAAAAGCAACAUGGAGCGAGAAAGAAAAACUGGCAAAGUUCGAAAAAGAAAAUGAAUUGAUCCAUGCAGCCACCGAUGGCCUCAUGGAAUGCAAAUGCUGCUAUAUGGAGGUCCCUCUCAACCGCACAGUUUCCUGUGUUGGCAAGGAGGCUCAUUUCUUUUGUGCUACAUGCAUCAAAACAAAUAUGGAGACUCAAAUUGGCUUCAUGCGAUAUGAAAUUCACUGCAUGGACAUGAGCGGGUGCAAGGCUGGAUUUCAUCGGGAAUCACUUACAGAGAUUGUAGGCGACGCCCUGGUGAAGAAGAUUGAUCAAUUACGUCAACGCGACGAAAUCGCAAAAGCUGGGAUUGAUGGCCUUGAAGAAUGUCCAUUUUGCGAUUUCAAGGCCAUCUAUCCUCCUAUCGAAGAAAAUCGAGAAUUUCGAUGUAUGGAUACCAAUUGUGGUAAAGUGAGCUGCCGGUCUUGCAAGUUAGAAAGCCACAUUCCACGAACCUGCGAAGAGGCUCGGAAAGACAAAAAUGUCCCUUUACGCCACAAGAUUGAGGAAGCUAUGAGCGAAGCAGUUAUCCGCAUUUGCCCAAAUUCAAAAUGCAAAACACCUAUCAUAAAAGAGGAUGGUUGCAACAAGCUGUACUGCAGUAAAUGUGGAAUCGUGAUGUGCUAUAUCUGCAAAACGGACAUUACCGUGGCAGGAUACAAUCAUUUCGCAACCAGAGGAGGUGCAUGUCCACUGCAUGAUAACGAUCAGAUAGAUCGCCGUCAUUAUCGCGAAGCAGUCAAGGCUCAGGCGGCGGCUACCGCAGAAGUGUUGAAGGCCAACCCCACGUUGAAGGCAGCUGACAUUGAAGUGGAACUCCCAAAACAACUACCUGAACAAUCCGUCGUCGCCGAUCGAGAUCGAGCUUGGGCCCUUUACAAUCGAAGGAUCCAUCAUCGCCAGGGCCUUCAGCAGGCUAUUGGUGCAGAUAGACAAGUUCCCGCUUUUCCGGGCAGACCUCAGGGGCAGGUCCAUCAGGUACCCCAACCAGCCCGUCCGCUUCCCAAUCAACCCAUCAACCACCCAGCGUUUCUGCCGGUGCCUCGGCCACUACCAUUUGCGUAUGCUCUACCAGCCGUGCAAGGCCGUCAUCCUCCCUAUAGGCCUCCUUCGCAACUUCUGCCCGCACGGGUUGGAUUCGUGCAAGCGACCAACAACAACCCCUUGGCCAACAACAACAACAACAACAGCAGCGGCAAUAACAGCAAUAGCAACAACAACAACAACCGCCAUCAUCGCCACCAUCACCACCACAUGGAUAUUUUCAAUCCCGCGGAAAGAAGACAACUUGACCUACAACUUCAUCUGCAACAUUUUGGAGCCCGGCGCUUUCACAUGCCCCCUAAGGAUGGCGGUGUGCAGGCUGUACUUCCAGCAGGAAAUGUUGAUACCCAAGGCCGAGCCGCCCUAACCACCAAUGGAAUUAAUGGGAUGCCGGGAAAUGUUGCAAAUGCUCGGCCGGCUGAUUAUCCUCGCGCCGAACGACCUGGAGGCCACAGGGCACGUCGGAGUAGCGAAGCCCUCAGACUUCCUGAACGUUAUGGCAUACUUUAG